AUGUACUGUCUUCAAUGGUUAAUACCCGUGCUGUUGAUACCGAAACACUGGCUUCACCCGCUUUUCCUCAUGGAGCAAGCCUUAUUCAUGUGGUUUUAUGUGAUCGGAUUUUUCAUGGAAAGAAGGCCCUGUCAUAUUUGUUCUGCGAUAUUCUUCAUAGCCCUCGGACUUUUGUGUUACACUGAUACGGACAGUUGCAUAUUUUGGCCAACUUGUGAUAAAAAACUCAACGGAGAGGUGUGCUCGUAUGUGUAUCGAAACGAAAUUGAAGGCAAGCGACAUUCCCCG